CUUCCCCCCGGUGACGCGAGAAGGAUCAGCAGAGGCAGAAAUCAGCGGUGUUCAGACACUUGAACGCGAGUUGGUGCGGGUGCGGGUUAGACCCACUUCGUCGCUCGGACUUCCUUCGUAGCUUCUUGCUGUAGUUGAUUGGAAACGAUUUUGUCUAUAGAUUCGUUGCUGCCUACACGAAGCCCAGUUGGAAAAGGCCAAAAAGGCCGAGUUCUAUCUGUAAUUACGUGGUACAUGCCCCGGUAUACUAUAAUAGUGGUGAUUAUAGUGUUGUGGUCAAUAUAAACAUAUACAUAUAGUUAUAACAGUACUAUAACGAACAAGUCGACGUCCCCUGUCGAUCAACUUACUUGACCUGCGUUCUUGGGUGGUCCUGAUAAAAUUGAGACGACUUUAACAGAAGACACAAGCUACAGAUCUUCUAUCUGUACACUUGUCUGUGUAGUGUUUCUUCUAUCGCAAGUGGUUCUCCGCCUUCAAGAUGCUGAUAUCGGACCUGGUACGGCGUUUCACGUGUAUAUAUAUGGUUACGGUUGUGCUUCUCGAAUCCGUACUAUCUCUUCCAACAAGGGAGCAGAUUCUAGAACUGUAUCAUCGAGCACCACAGCAUAUCAAGGAUGCUCUCGCAAGGCAUGGAAUACACGCGCACAAUUUACCCAGCCCAGCGUCCUUGGCAACGCUGCACACCUCUUCCCUUAUCGCUAACCAUCCAGGACUUGCGAACAGCGCAUUCGCCGGCCGGCUAAACCUCCAUGCUCUCGCCUCUCGGGCGCAGGCCAUUCUGAAACGGCCCCCAAGCCAACUACCUUUCCCGAUUCCAUCAUUCAACAAGAACAACAACAAUAACGCGGCCCAACUUCAGCGAAGAAGCGGCUUGGUUCUAUCAUUUCCUAUUAAGAAGCCUCAACAGCAGCAGCAGCAGCAAAUGUCUGUAGGAGUCGAUGGCAACGACGACACAAUUUCACGACAGUUGUCCUCAUCUCGGGCCUUGGCAGGACCCCCUCCUCAGAUCGUUACCGUUCCUCCUCAUAUAGAGGGACUCCAACUGAGCAAUCAUCAUAUAAAACCUGUGAGCACCAUUAUCAACUUUGGUCCACCAGCAGCUUCGACGCCUUCAUCUCCGUCUCCAUCAGAUAGCAUCAUCACCGGUCGACCAAUGCAAGAAGGCCAAUUGCCUGUGAAACCAUUGACGCCACCCACACCGUUGCCCUCUGUUCCUAUUCCUCAACCCUCUAGCGGCCUCGAACCGAUUAUCCAGGUUACCAAAACGCAAAAGCAACAGCGUCCAGAAACUGUUGUCAGCGCACGAAGCUUUAGCAAUCCGUUCGAUGACAACCCGCUCUCACGACCGCUAUCGGUGCCCCUUAAUGUGCGCAACCCCAAAUAUGAAUAUGGCGGUUUCGUGCCAAUCUCAACCAAUGGAGGCGGCGGGGGUAGCACGAGCAUCAAUAGCGCCGCGGCCUCGCCAGCGACGAAUUUCGUACUGUCGUCUCCUGCCGUUCGAUCUGAGAAGCACGUUCAUUUUGCUAAUGGAUUUGUUAUUGAAGAGGAGCCAGCUGCCAGUUCCCCAAGAAUAUCCGGACCGGUGGUUCCGGGAGCCGUGGUGCGGGACAUUGCGCCAUACAACCUCGUCAAGAAGACAACGGCGCUCGUCGAGACCUGCCAGACUUCGAAACAGGACUUCUGCGUCAUGGAUGACGAAAGCUACCCCAAGUUGGAGACCGAACAUUUUCUACGCAAAUGCGAGCACCUACUCGAUGCGAUGUACGUGAGACCUAAUGGAGGAGCGGGAUCCCAAUACAACGCGACGAUCGGAGGCUUCGCUGGCAGUGGGAGUGGCGUCCUCGGCGGUCGUCCGCUCUGCGAUGCGGAAAGGAAAGCGAAAAGGCUGGCUGUCGCUAGGGAUAUUCAUGGCCAGUGGGCUGUACUGAUACAAGCGGGCAGAUGGCCUCAGAAGGCGCACGUCACAUUUUGCAGAGACGAAGGUCGACCGUGCCAGCGACUUGGCGGCUGCAGCGUGAAAACUCGUUGCGUGCAACGUUUUGCUCCUCAGACACUAAUCGCUCUGGAUCCACUCAACCCCGAGGCUUGUCCCACCCUAAGAGCCUUUGCGUUACCCUCAGCCUGUGAAUGCACCUCUGCCUAGGAUUAUCUUUAAAAUCAACUUAACGCGUUAUUUGGGCCACCUGAACGUUGCACUACCGUAAAUUACAUUCCACGUGCCAACAGAUUACAGAAUUCAACGGAACUGCUCUAAAUCCACCUAUACCCCCUACCCCCCACCGAGGAUACCGAGUUGUCAUGGAGUAUUUGACACAACGGCGUCACUAAUAGCAAAAAUGUCGGAUGGCUUAAGUGCCUGUAAACGCAACCCAGUUUGAUUUAAUUUCGCCGUAAUCGCGUGCUGUGUUGCAUAGAACAGUCGAAACUGUGUCUUUUGUUGUCUGACCUAGAAUCAGGUCGAUCAGUGUCCUAAUGAAAGGGAUGCAAAGUCAACGGCAAAACAACACGAACCAGCAUAGAUAAGAAAAACGAAUUGCUCUCCCUCACCACUAACAGUCCUGCCUACCAACAAGCGCCGAGACCGCCGGCAACAAACACAGAUCACGUUAACCCAACCGAGUUAUUGAACAUACGUCAUAUAUGGAAAUACGACUUGGACCGGACAAUAUACAAUCUUAAGUCAAACCCUAUAGACUACGAAGGUGGAUACGUACCUUUGUGCUGAUACCUUCCCGACCUCACAUUUGAGUUUUCCAAACGUAUUCGGAAAGCGGUUAGGCAAUGGAAGAAAAAUGAAGGAAGAAAAAUGAGAGAGACUUCUACAAAUUAAACGCUGCGAAAAUUAUUAAUGCAUGGCGGCAGUAGACUACUAUCGUAGACCCAGGAGAAGGAUUUCAGAACUAAGUUCUAGCGGUAUGUAUUCUUACUACCUAUCAAAGACGAAAAAGUAUAAUAGUAUAGAUAGUAUACUAUAUAUGUAAGGCUGUGCACGAAUACGAUCACAAAUUUUGAACUGAAUGCUCGAUUUAAGUCUUUGAAAAAAUAAUAAAUACACAAUACUUAUGAUAGUUCGCACGCUGUUACGGAUAAGACGAAUGCAACUACAAUACCAGAGAUACGCACGUGGUACCGGUGUUAAAUAGCAUGCUAAAAAAAACAAGCUCAUAUGAGCUCUCUCUCGCACCCCUUGCGAUGCCGCUUCCCUCUGUUAUUUGUCCGAUGAAUGAACUGCACGAACCAUCUUCUGCGAAUGUCGAAUAGAUACAGGCAAGAGACUUGUGCAGACGAUAUUAAUCACGCUGAUGAUCACCACUCUGUUGUUCAUUCUCAUAACGUAUGUUUAUGCGAUGGAGCAACGAUUUCUGUCUGUUGAGGCUGUCAAAGGUGAACCAGAGGCGACACGGGUGGAUCGUGCCAUCGACGGAUUCACCAACAGAUGGACUCGUUCUGUAAAUUCAUUUACUCGCUUCUUAUUAAGCACGGCACGCGGGAAGACGACGCCUGGAGUCUCGAAAACGGACCAGACGCUCCGAUAUCGUUUGCCAAUGGCAGUAAGGCCUACUGGUGGGUCAUUUUCUUUCUGCUUAGCAACAGAUAGAAACAAAGCUGUGAAACAAAGGAAGAAGACGCCCGACUGUAGGCCAGCAGUACGAGGCAACAACAGCAACUAACAAAGCAACUAACAAUCGGAAUUCUUAACCAUUCUCAAUCGAAGGAAGCAGAAAUCGAAAGGAAAAACAGUCCAUAAAGGAAAAAGACCUUUGAUUAUCUAGGCUCUUGUAGAGGCCGACCUACGGUUAUUGUAGGUCGCUACUGGAACAUAUCAUUGAGGUCAAGAUUGAGCGUCGCCAAUGGGAGGCACAAAAAAAGAGCGUGCGCGGUGAAAAAAUAACCAACGUACCCAAAGAAAAAAGGUCUUUUAGCCACGUUUUAUCACAGCCACUUGCCAGUGUGUAAGAACCAUUACCUUCCCCAGUGUAUAAAAAAUCACAUAAUACAAAACAGGGGUAGCCUUAAUAAAAUCUUGAGAAGCCCUGAUUUUUUUUAAUCUACUAAUGUGUGCCUGUAUUUUCGGAUCGAGAAGCGUUUGCCUGAAGAGCUUUUACGUAUAUUGUUUGCCUCUUCCCGUACCUUACAGAAAGCUGAUCGGUCACGAUAUGGGUCGAUUGUACAAGUCUAUAAUGGGCAACCACAGAUUUUACUUUUGAUGAACAAUGUUCCACACUUAUUAGCUCCGAAAGACCUUUUAACUCCUAAGUCAUAUGGGUCGCAAAUUAAGAAAAAAAAACCCGGCGUUCUAAAAAACUGGUCUUUUCCGCCCUUCAGGACAAGCAUUGUUGUGUGUCACAGCAGCAGUCAAGUAAUAUCAAUAGCCACGAAGGCGUCGGUUUCAAUUGAGUCUCGUUACUUUACCUUCAAUUGUACCACACGUAUUACAAUGAUGAUCGGCUGGCAUGAGCUCACAAAGAUGUCUGAAAUACCUGGCUGUGGAGAUUCGUCUGGUCAUAUGUUCUCGUGCCUUUUAUGGUUCCUUAGCCCUCCCGCGUUUGCUUUGCUUACAGCAUCAGUUUAUAUUGGAUGCUCGUCUUUCCUUAUUGUACACCUGUAGCAAUCAGCUGUACACUUCGUUUUAGGCCCGACUGUUUCGCACAUGCAGUAAUUGUCAUCAGGCUUGCGAGAUAGAAUUAAAAUAUUUAUUAGAUACUCAGAUAAAUGUCUUCACUUAUUAGAUAUUUUUUAUUUGAAAAGCUCCUAACAAGUGAUAGAUAGUUGCUGAUGAACUUGGUGCGGAACGGUAGAACAAUCGGGCUGACUGGACAAUAUAUAGAUAUAGUAGAGUAAAUAAAAAAAAGAUAUAAUAAUUACAUUUAUAUAAUUUAUUGUAUAAUGUCCGUGGGCGACAUUUUUAAUUAUAAAACGAAGAAAGAGAUCGUACAUUUGUGUUAACUUAAAACGAUGACUGUAUGUGACCUAGAUAAAUAUAUGCCCCUUGCGCCAAUAUCGACGACAUUGGGUAUAGAAAAUAAUCUUAAACGAUAAAAGACGAAACACUAGCUGAUUGUCCGCUAGUAGUCUAUUGGCUUUCAGGAUGAAUCAAGCAUAUUCGAAGAAAGUAAUACAGGUUGAAGAUAUUUAAAUAAAAAAUAGAGAUUUUCUUUGUAUAUUGUCUGUAGUGUAGACAAUAUAUGGAACAUAUAUAUAAGAAUAUAUAUAUAUAUAUAUAUAAGGUGCUGUCACACCAUACUAAUUUUACUCAUAUAGAGAUAUAAGGUAUUGUCAAGGAAUGAUUGCAACAAGAGGCAAAGACGUGUUGAAAACUGAGAACGUAGAGAUAAAUAAAUGUACAUGUAAAGACUUGGAUCAAUAAACCUCAAUAAU